UAUUAACAAUGUGUUUUGUGUGGUUAUAUCGGACUAUAUACGUACUAAUGUUUGAUUAAUAUAUGUAUUACUGAUGAUGAUAUAGGCGGAGCAGGCGAUGGCAAGGACGAAAGAGGAGAAAGAGAUAGCGCACCAGAGGAGAAAGGUGAAGGAAGCAGAGGCUAAUAUGGAUAUGCAUAUGGCUAAAGCGGCUCAUGCUGAAGACAAGCUUAUAGCUAAGCAAUCUCACUACCACGUUACUCAUGGUACGCAUGUGGCUCAGCCUGCGCCUAUAUCGGCUCCUGCCCCUGUCAUGGGACAUGGUUACGGGCAUAAUCCUGCCGGACUUACCUCAGUUCCUCCACCGGCGUAUCCUCCUCCUGGACAGCAUCAGGCUUAGCAUCCCACGGGACAUCGUCAUCAUUACAGAAAUGUUUUUUGCUCUAAUUUUUUUUUUUUUUUUGGUAUUUUAGUAGUGUUAUCUUCGAUAAAUCUUUGGUCUAUAUAAGUUAUAUGAUGCCUUUUGACAACAAAAAAAUAAAGGGAAGAAAGAAAAAAAAUUAGGGGUUGUAUGAUA